CUCUAGGUCCCCGUGCGGGUGUGCAGGCGGAUCCUGCAGCUCCGGGUCCUGCUGUUCUUCCCUGGGCUGCACUCUGGGUACCAGCAGGCUGCCGGUUCUCUGGUGCUAGGUAGACCGCUAGCUUUCCAGGAUGCAGGUUGUGAAACGUAUCCUCUAAGAACCACAGGCGAGAGGAAGCUGUGAUGAGUAAGUCGUUAGUACUGCACUACCUGAAGCAGAAGCCGCGUUAACCAAAAUCGUCUCCGGUAUCGCACUUUAACCUGGUUCCUCACAUUUCUUCAAAAUGAAUGUGACUAUCCGUUUCUUAAGACCUUUUGCCAGAUGUCUGGUGCCAUAUACCUUUCAUAGGAAGAGAAGUAAUUUAUAUUCAGGAGUUCUGCAGAGAUGUAUGUCUUCCAAAAUACCUUCUUUGUCCUGUCAUAAUAAGGACAGCACAUCCCCUCCUGAGCAGCUAGAAUUGGAUGGGUGGAAAGCUACAAUGAAGUCUAGCAUUCAAGAAGAUGGUGUUUCCGAGGUCUCAGACAAAGAUGAAGAUUCCCUAACUGCAACCAGAGAAUUAAUUGAGAUGUGGAGACUGCUUGGCAAAGAAGUACCAGAACACAUCACUGAAGAAGAACUCAAAACCCUUAUGGAAUGUGCUUCUAAAUCAGCCAAAAAGAAAUACUUAAGGUAUUUGUAUGGUAAGGAAAAGAUGAAAAAAGCGAAGCAAAUAAAGAAGGAAAUGAAAGCAGAGGCCAGGGAAGAAGCAAAAAGGGCCAGGUUGCUGGAGACCACCACGGGAGAACAACAGGACUUCAUGUUUCUUCGACUCUGGGAUCGACAGGCCAACAUUGCACUGGGUUGGAAAGGCAUCCAGGCUAUGCAGUUUGGACAACCUUUGGUUUUUGACAUGGCCUAUGAUAAUUACAUGAAACCAAGUGAACUGCAGAAUACUGUUUCUCAACUCUUAGAAAGUGAAGGGUGGAACAGAAGAAAUGUUGAUCCAUUCCACAUUUAUUUCUGCAAUCUUAAAAUAGAUAGUGCUUAUCAUAGAGAGUUAGUUAAACGUUAUCGAGAAAAAUGGGACAAAUUGCUCUUAACAGCAACAGAAAAGUCUCCUGUUGAUUUAUUUCCAAAGGACAGUAUUAUAUAUUUAACUGCAGAUUCUCCCAAUGUUAUGACUACCUUCAAGCAUGAUAAAGUUUAUAUAAUUGGAUCAUUUGUUGAUAAAGCUACACAGACAGGAAUGUCCCUAGCCAAGGCUAAACGGCUAAAUCUAGCAACAGAAUGCCUUCCACUAGAUAAAUAUUUACAGUGGGAAGUUGGUAACAAAAAUCUCACCUUAGAUCAAAUGAUUCGAAUUUUGCUCUGCCUGAAAAACACUGGUAACUGGGAAGAGGCUCUCAAGUUUGUUCCCAGGAGAAAGCAUACUGGGUAUUUAGAGGUUUCUGAGCAUUCUCAGGAAGCUUUUAGGAAACUGAAGAAGACAAAGACUUUAAGUUCUUUUCAAAAAGGCUCCUUAAAUGCACGCAAGUGGAAAAGGUGACCUAAGGGAGACAGUAUAGUGUAAGAAGUAAACAGGAUGGAAGUACAGUUAAAAGAAUUUACUUAUUCCUAAAUGGAAUUCCAUCUUUAAGGCAGUCUUUCUAGACUGUCAGUAGAGGUUUGUCUGUUGUUUUGCUGUUGUUUGCUUUUUUGAGACAGGAUUUUGUGUAGUCUUGUCUGUCUUACAAGGACAGACUAGGCGUAAGUGUCAGCAAAAGUUUGAAAGUAUGCUUUAUUUGUUGUAAAAACAAUCAGAAGUUUAUAGAUUAAUCUAGAAUUGAACACAAUAAAAGUUAAUAGCAUUUA